GACAUUGUUUUCACACUAAAAGAAGAAAUGAAUCCCGGAGUUUUUAUCGGAAACGUAGCUGUAAGUAGCGGAGUCGGGCAGGAUGUAGCUGUAGAGGAAUUUCCAUAUCUGGAAUACAAUUUUUUAAAUCCCAAUAACAAACUAAUUAAAUCUCUAUUUAAUAUAAACCGACCCACUGGUGCUAUGUAUAGUACGAGUAAAGUGGAUCGUGAAGAAAUGUGUAAUAAAUCAGUCGUGUGCCAGGUUACCUUCGAUGUUACCAUUCAGUCGUCUGCGACAACAUUUUUACGUCUGUUAUCUGUACGUGUGGAAAUCGAAGAUGUGAACGAUAACCCUCCCAAAUUCGGAAAUAAAAGUGUCAUCUUGGAUAUACCAGAAAACGUUGUGGUUGGUACAAACUUUAGGAUAACUGGAGCAACAGACGAAGAUAUGAGUCCCGAAAAUACUGUUCAAUCUUACGAACUGAUUCAACCAGAUAAAAUAUUUGGAGUACAAUUAAUCAAAAAAUUUGACGGAUCCACGGAUGUCAGCCUUUCGGUUCUGAAGUCACUUGAUCGCGAAUCACAAGAUGUGCACAGUAUUCUCCUCUUAGCUAAGGAUAAUGGAUCGCCUCAAAGAACUGGCAGUCUACUUGUCAACAUAAACGUUGUUGAUGCCAAUGACAAUGAACCUAAGUUCAUUAAAGAUGUUUACAAUGUUACGGUGUCUGAAAACACUACAGUUGGAAUGGUUAUAGAGACACUUAAAGCACUUGAUGUGGACUCUGGGGAGAAUGCUAACGUAUCCUACCGUUUUAGCCCCUUGAGAACCAGUAAACUGGAACAUCUGCUCACUCUUAACGGAUUAAACGGCGAGUUGUCUGUCAAAUCACCACUUCAAUAUGAAUCUGGAAAAACAUACGAGACAAUUGUAGAAGCUUCAGACAAUGGCAACCCGCCCCAAAUAACACAAACUAUUCUUAUUGUAAACAUUGUUGACGUCGGAAAUAACCCUCCUCGAUUACAACUUAACCUCGCAUCAGCCAUGAACUCGGAAACAAUCAUUUUGUCGGAAGGAUCUAAAGUCGGUACCUUUGUUGGUCAUAUUAAGGUGGAGGAUCGAGAUCCGGGAGUUAAUGGUAUUGUCAUGUGUUAUUGUGUCGAGGAGCAUUUUUCUUUACAAAAAUUAGACGGUAAAGGAUAUGCUCUAUUAAUUAGCAAGACUUUGGAUAGAGAAACUACUUCAAAACACAAUGUGACUGUUACAUGUCAAGACAACGGAAGUCCCAGUCUCAGCAGUUCAAUUCAUUUUGUUGUUGUGAUUACCGACGAGAACGAUAAUGGGCCUCAAUUUCUUCAGCCUAUUUACGUAAUUAACGUUACAGAAAACGUCGAUAUCGGAACGACAGUAGGGGCUGUAUUAGCCAUGGAUAAUGAUCUAGAAGAGAAUUCGGAAUUUUAUUACUCCCUUGCCUUAGAUGCAGGUGCAAUGUUUCACAUUAAUAGCGAAACUGGAAUAAUAACAACCAAUGCUAACAUCGAUCGUGAAACUCUUUCAAAAGUUACAUUUGUAGUUAGAGCUAUUGACAACCAGAAUUCCAGGCUUUCCGGUACUGCGUCAGUCAGUGUUAUGAUUUUAGACGUGAAUGACAAUAGCCCUGAGUUUAAAACUGAAAGUCUGCGAAUCAAAGCCAUUGAAAAUCUUCAGCCAGGAACAAUUUUAUCAAAACUUGCAGCAACAGAUGACGACGAAGGAAAGAAUGCCGACCUGUCAUUCUCAGCUGCCGACCACAAUCCAACAAUUCCGUUCGUGGUUUACGAAGACGGUACGAUCAGAUUAGAUUCCCCUCUAAACAGAGAAAGUCAAAAUAUCUAUGAAUUUGAUGUCAUUGUUCAAGAUAAAGGUGAUGUUCCUCGAACCACAAGUGGACGAGUCCUUAUAACUAUUGUUGAUGCAAACGACCACAGCCCCGUGAUUGAAUUCCCCAGAUCCGGAAAUGAUACUGUUACGAUAGAAGCAGACAUGAAAGUUGGUACCUUGGUGGCAUACGUCAUUGCUUUUGAUGAAGACGAUGGCGAUAACGGCGAAUUAGAAUAUUCAAUUUUAUCUGGAAAUGAUCACAGACUUUUCGAAAUUUCUCCUAAAACUGGGGAAAUAAUCUUAGUCAAAGACAUUAGCAGAGACGUCUCCGGAUUUCACCAGUUGGAAGUCAACGUUAAAGAUCAAGGU